UCACUUAAAAGUUAACUGUUUGACAUGUCCUCGUCAACGGCAACCAACUUCAAUGGUAUCCUUUAAGCGCCGGCGCAUUCUUGAAGCGCACCACAUAUGUAUGCCGAUAUAUUGAAUGGACGACCGAACGGGAGUGAAAAUAUUAGCAGGCGAAUACGCCAACUGUCAUUUUAAGAAGAAUACACACAGAAGAUGGAAAUCGUCCUACUGACUCGCUUCCCAUAAAUUCUAAGUUGAACGUUUUAAGCUCAGUAAAACAGUAUUAACUGCUAAAUAAUAUUAAAGUGAAAAGAAAAAGCGCAAAACUCACAUUGUUAACAGUAUGUGGUCAAGGAAGAGGAAAUGUAAUUGUUGUCUCUGCGAAAUAUGAUUAGAAUAAGUUGCAAGCAAAUUGUUGAGCUUUACGAGCGCAAUGCAGCAAUGAGCUAUCAGGUAGUUAAAUUAAUAGCAGCGUAAAAGAAAAAAAAAGUGUUUCAACUUUAGCGAAGGUAAUGUACCAGUUGGGAAGUGUCCGUAAAGCAUUAAAAACUAUUUUGGAAAAAAUAAAAUAUAAAUUUCUCCAGUUAAAUUCGCUCAAAUCAGCUGAGUCAGCAGUAUAUGUUUUGACUGUUGUUGUUUGACUCGUUGUGGCGUCAGUGAAAAACCUUGACUAAAAACGAAAAAGUCCACCCAACAAUUGUGCGUACUGGUGGGAAGCGGCGUCGGCAAGGCGACUGUGUCCAUGCGUGCUAUUGUGUUUGUGAACCUUUGUCUCGGUAUAAAGUUCUGUCUGUGUCACUUGUGUUGGCAGGAGAGGUGAGGAAGUUAAAGUGAAAUUAAAGGCCGGUCAACUGUAAAUGUAUGUGCAUCAAAGAGUAUAAAGUGAAAUGUGGGAUAUUACAUAAAGAAAAAAAUAUGCGUGCAUUUAUAGCAAAUAUUUAAUUAAAAAGCUUUUACAAUUUAGUAGAGAAAAAACAUAUGUUUAAAUAAUAACACGAAAUGUGAAAUAUGUAAGGUCUUGCAAAAAAUAAUAUACUUCAUUAAAUUGUUUGUAUAAUCGAACGAGAAAACGGUUAUGUUGCCCAUUACUGUUACGAUUUCGGGAAGUUAGAAGUGAAUUUUCCGUAAUAAAGCUUUAACAAAGUAGGAAAGCAAUCAUGUCAGCCACAUCAAAUAUGGAGCAGCCAAGCAAUCAUUGCGAAGCGCAUUUGAUUGCGGCCACUAACGAAAUCGAGGCACUCAAGCAGGCUCUGCUCGAGAAACACAGUCAAAUUGUCGCCAUGGAAACAGCAUGUAUACAGGAGACCGAACGCCAAGUUGAAUUGGAAGAUAGUGUCAUUGCGUGGCAAGAUAAAUAUGAUCGUUUGUAUGAGUCACAUAAACGUGUGCAAAAGGUGAAUCAAAGUUUGGAAGAUAAACUUCUUAAAUUGGUGGAUCGCAAUACUGGCGAGAGAGCGCAAUUGACCAGUGAUGUUGCCACUUUGAGCGUGCGAUUGGCACAAGCAAAUUUUAAUAUAGCAAAGCUGCAACGGGAAAUUGAACGCUACAAGUCGGAUAUAAAUUUAGCAAUACAAUUACUGCAGUGUAAACCAGAUAGUUUCAUGCCACAAAAAGUAUCAUCGUUACCGAUUGAUAUACAGUCGAAAGUAUCAGCCUACAUGCGUCUGGAGACUAAUUCACACUCUGAUUCGGAAGGUAGCACUAGCGGCGUGGGUACCGCCACCACAGCUUCCUAUAAAGUGCUUCCAGCAUCGGACUCUCCGCCACCAACAGCGUGCCCCUUUCCACCUACUGCAAUGGUAUACUCAAUGCGGGGGCUUGGUAAGUGUUAG